AUGCGCCCUGCGGACAAGACAGGCCUCGGCCCUUCUGCCGCCAUGGGUGCCACUGCAGAAGAGUUGACCAUCUGGCGACAGCACAUGAAUAAGAACAAGCUGCACACCCUAGCUCGGCUGAGCCGGGAUGAAGUCUCUAUGAUAUGGAGUUAUGUUUGUGACUUUAUUCUACGACAGCUGAGGCUGCAAAAGGGGAUCUACAUACCUGCUUUUGGGACAUUUACUUUUAUGUGGCAAAAACUAGAUGCUGGGAACAGGUUUAGCUCUAUCCAGAUACCGAUCUUUAUCAUGUCAGAGAAGCUAUUGCAGCUACACGGACUACGACAAACUAAAAUCCACACACCUGGGGAUAUCCCCGUUGUACCACUGAAUUUUAUCAUGGUUGCCAUAGCGGGGCAUUAUAGCAGGGACACGGUCGAAGGAUGCAUUAAAGAAACUCUGCAGCUCUUAUCACGAUCAAUCUGCACACGAAAGAAAGUUGAAUUUACUUUCCAAGGAAUCGGUAUCCUUACAAUUGAAAAUGACAAAGUAAAAAUGAAAUUUUUUCAGGACUUCUUGUCUGCAGUGAAUACAAGUGGCAAUCUGGAGAAAGAUAUUGCAAAGAAAACUCAAAAUGUCAAUUCAACUAUAGCAAACAUCAAAACUUCGAAGAGAAAUCCAAACUGUGUUCUUUCCUUCCCCAGAAUUGAAUUUGAAUUAAAAGGAAAUAAUGAAACACUGGAAAAAAUUGAACAACCUAAACUGAGGAAAUCCGUGUUAAGAAUGAAGUCAGACAAAGAUGAUGUGCAAGGUAAGCCAAAGAUUUUAGCUGUCUUCUCUUUUCUGCUAAGCAGCAGGGCAUUGUUGCUGAGCAACUCCUGUGCCGAAAAUCAGUACCAUUAGAGUUAUAAGAAAUGUGUUCUUCUA